AUGUUGCAGGCGGUGGCUCAACUCAUGGUGUACCAUUUUCGUUACACUCCAUGCCCAAAACUACAGCCCGGUCAUGAGAAUUUUUAUGUAAAACGAGUGGAACGGAAAGGAAAAAGAACGGACAGUGAGAACAAAAAACUUGCAGAAUUCAAUGAGGAGCCAGAUGGAUGUGCUCAUCGUGAUGAUCCAAGUAAAAGUGAACGGAAACUGAACUGA